ACCAGCGAGCGCCAGGGACAACAAGAGCCUCUCCGCCCAGGAUCCAGGAACAAAAACAUUAGACCGUCCGUGUCAACACACCCUCGGCGGACCCAAAGAGGAUUUCUGCUCCUUGCGUAUAUGUGGAGAUUACAAGCUUGCCACCAUGACGGCUGAGGAGAUCAUAAAUGUAAAGGAAGUGGAGAUCAUUAAGGUGAUCCUGGACUUCCUGAACUCACGGAAGCUGCAUAUUAGCAUGCUAGCUCUGGAGAAAGAGAGCGGAGUCAUCAACGGCCUGUAUUCAGAUGACAUGCUCUUCCUCAGACAGCUCAUUUUGGAUGGACAGUGGGAUGAAGUGUUGCAAUUUAUUCAGCCUCUUGAAUGUCUGGAUAAAUUUGACACGAAAAGGUUCCGGUACAUUGUUCAGAAACAGAAGUUUCUUGAAGCUUUGUGUGUAAACAACGCCAUGUCUGCUGAAGAUGAGCCACAGCAUUUGGAGCUGACCAUGCAGGAAGCUGUGAAGUGUCUCCAUGCCGUGGAGGAGUUUUGUCCGUCUAAAGAGGACUACAGUAAGCUUUGUUUGCUCCUGACCCUUCCCCGCCUCACCAACCACGCUGAGUUCAAGGACUGGAACCCCAGUACGGCACGUGUGCAGUGCUUCGAGGAGGCCUGCGGGAUGGUGGCAGAGUUUAUUCCGGCUGACCGUAAGCUUAGCGAGGCGGGGUUCCGUGCCAGCUCCAAUCGUCUAUUCCAACUGCUAAUCAAAGGCGUUCUUUACGAGUGCUGCGUGGAGUUUUGUCAGAGCAAAGCCACAGGAGAAGAGAUCACUGAGACUGAGGUUCUUCUGGGUAUAGACAUGUUGUGUGGGAAUGGCUGUGAUGAUCUGGACCUCAGUUUGCUCUCUUGGCUCCAGAACCUGUCACCCAAUGUCUUCUCCUGCGCAUUUGAGCAGAAGAUGCUCAGUAUCCAUGUAGAUCGUCUUGUUAAACCUGCUAAGGCUGCGUAUGGCGACCUCCUUACUCCACUGAUCAGUAAGCUCUCUCCGUACCCUGCCUCACCUCUGCGACGGCCACAGUCCGCAGACACCUACAUGUCUCGCUCUCUGAACCCAGCAUUGGACGGUCUUUCCUACGGCCUCUCUGGGCAGGAGAAGAGAGUUGCAGGACCAGAUGGAGGGAAAACAUCACCCAUGUCGCAAUCGUUUGCUAACUUUCAGCACCUGAACCGCAGUGUGAUGAUGGAGAAUUCAGGAUGUCACAGCAUCUUUGAGGAGUCACCUGAGAGCUCCAGAACUGAAACUCCAUCUGAUAAAAUGAUGAGCUCACCUCAUGAGCAGAACUCUCGACCAGUCUCUGCCCCAGGUCAGGAUGCUCCUGUACCCGGUUCUGCAGAAAAGGAUGAGCUGCGUGACUCUACUGAGCAGUUUCAGGAAUUUUACCGCCAGCGUUUGCGUGUGCAGCAGCACCUGGAACAGAAGCAGCAGCAGCGGGUACUCUACCAGCAGAUGCUGCAAGAGGGUGGAGUCCAGCAGCAAGAGGCCCUGCCCACCGCCAAGCACAAUCUCACAGAGACCUUUCUUUCCAGGUCUAUUCAAAGACUGGAGGAGCUCAAUAUGGGAAUGGAUGAUUUGGGAGAAGAGGUGCAGGCUCUCUCUCAGCAGUGUAAUCGAGGUGGUAAUAACAUCAAUGUGUCGAGAGACACUUCAGCCAUGCCACAGACACAGGAGGGAGGUGAAGAAGCCAGUGAUGUGGUCACCAGCACUCCUCAGAGGUCAGCAGGGCAAGCAGCCUGCCUUCCGCCCAUCCAGUCCCCUGUGCUGCCCCAGAGCACUCCGAAAGACAAGAGUGGACAGAUUGAUGACAGUUUGACCCAUUCUAAAGUCCCAGAGAAAGAGAAGUCCAAAGCAAAGUUUGUGAUGGUGAACACCCUGGAGGAUACACAGGCGGUGCGCGCCGUGUCCUUCCACCCCACAGGGUCAUUAUAUGCGGUCGGCUCCAACUCUAAGACACUCCGUGUGUGUGCUUACCCCGACACACUGGACAUGAGUGGCUCGGGUGCAAGUAAGCCUCCUGUGAUCCGCUUCAAGAGGAACAAGCACCACAAAGGCUCCAUAUAUUGCGUGGCCUGGAGUCCUUGUGGUCAGUUACUUGCCACCGGCUCCAAUGACAAAUACGUCAAAGUGCUGCCUUUCAACCCAGAAACCUGCAAUGCUACAGGUCCUGAUCUGGAGUUUAGUAUGCAUGAUGGGACAAUCAGAGACUUGGCGUUUAUGGAGGGUCCUGAGAGUGGAGGAGCAAUUUUAAUCAGUGCAGGAGCUGGAGAUUGUAACAUCUACACAACUGACUGCCAGCGAGGACAGGGGUUGCACGCACUGAGCGGACACACAGGUCAUAUCCUGUCUUUGUACACAUGGGGGGGUUGGAUGAUAGCGUCUGGCUCUCAGGACAAGACUGUGCGUUUCUGGGACCUGCGGGUGCCCAGCUGUGUGAGAGUGGUGGGGACAGCCUUCCACGGCUCAGGCAGCCCCGUGGCAUCAGUGGCAGUGGACCCAAGUGGGCGUCUACUGGCAGCAGGGCAGGAGGACAGCUCCUGCAUGCUGUAUGACAUCAGAGGCGGACGCAUGGUUCAGACAUACCAACCGCACACCAGCGAUGUCCGAUCGGUGCGUUUCUCUCCUGGGGCCCAUUACCUGCUCACAGGAUCUUACGACAACAAGGUCAUCGUCUCUGACCUGCAAGGGGACCUGACGAAGCAGCUGCCAUUGACAGUAGUGGGAGAACAUGCUGAUAAGGUGAUCCAGUGCAGGUGGCACACACACCACCUCUCCUUUCUGUCCUCCUCCGCUGACCGCACGGUCACACUCUGGACGCAAGCCACAUAGAACCAGCUCCAACCACUAGAGGAGGACAAUACCUUCACAUACACUGCAAAGAGUCUGAAGGAAUGGAUAUGUAAAAAUAUACAUAUAUGUUUGUGGCACUGUGUAAACAAAGGUGUGUGUGUGCGUUUUGUAAUUUGUAAUGGCACUGAGCCAUAUUGGGAUCCUGUGCUUUAGUGUGCUUGGCUGUAUGCAUUAUUCCAUUUUAGGAAUAUUUCACCCAAAAAAGAAAAUUCUCAUCAUUUUCUCACCCUCAUGCCAUUCCAGAUGUGUAUGUCUUUCUUUUUUCUGCAGAACACAAGCAAAGAUUUUUGAAGAAUAUCUCUACUCUGAUAGUCUAUACAAAUACAAUGCAAGUAAAUAGUGACAAAAACUUUGAAGCUCCAAAAACCACAUAAAAGCAGCAUAAAAGUAAUCCAUAUUUAAUCCAUCUAAAGCUAUCACGUUUUGAGCGAAAACAGACCAAAAUGUAACUCCUUUUUCCACUAUAAAUCAUUACUCGACUCAACUAAAUUUUAUUUACACACUAGGUACCAAAGUGCUGUAAAUGGCGUUACAAAAAAUAAAUAAAAUCACAUACAUACAGCUUAAGAAUGCAACAAGCAUUUAAAACCAAUAAAAUCAGGAUAAGAUAAAAUGGACCUAGUACAUUUUAUAAUGCAAUUAAUUCAAAGCUAGGGAAAAUAAAUACAUUUUUAAGGCCCCCUGGAAAGAGAAUAGAGAUGGAGAUGAUUUAUAGACAUCUGCAGUCUCCUUGGCUAUCAUGAUUUCAAUCUCAAUUAUACUUCCUAGCAUUAGGAAGUGUAAUCGAGCUUGAAAUCAUGGUCAUACCUAGAGAUUGUAAUGGCAAGAUGUACACUGAAAAAGUUAUAUUUUGGUCUUACCCAAAACCAAUUGGAUCAAUUUAGGAGACAUGGAUUAAACCACUGAAGUCUUCUGGAUUAUUUUUAUGCUGCCUUAAUGUGCUUUUUGGGCUUCAAAGUUUUGGUCACCAUUCACUUGAAUUGUAUGGACCUACAGAGCUGAGAUAGUCUUUUAAAUAUAUUUGUGUUCUGCAGAAGAAAGUAAGUCAUACACAUCAAAGAUGGUGUAAGGGAUUGAGAGAUAUGAGACUUUUAUCUUAUUCCUCCACAAAUAUUCCUCUACACAUAUACCGUGGCCUUUCUUGGAUUUUUAAGCAUCUCUGUGUCCACACUGCAUUAACGUCCACUUCAAAGCACAUCCACACUUGGCUUUUUAAAUCCAGCCUUUGGAAACACAUGCUGAUAUUUAGAGUCCUGCUGUAUUAUCUAUUUAAGCUAAUCAUUUUAAUGUACGAUAUGCCCGCUAAAUGCAAACAGUGUAAAUUGAACAUGUUUGAGUGGCAGGUGUAUCCAGUUUCCAAAGCUUGUGUUUGGCUGAAAAAUUAACAUUAUAUGAACUCCUGCAAACACUGUAUCAAAAUUCAGAUGUUUGCUGUGCAAGUAUCAGAAGCAACGUCAAUGUAAUCUGUCUUUGUAAAUGCUGUCAAGUAAGUCUGUUAUUUAAAGCGGUUUAUGUUUUAAUCUCACUGUUUUUGCUUGAAAGUGUUUGCAGCCCUGGUGAAUGCCUCUUAAAUGAAUGCCAUCAAAGUAUUUUAAAUGUAGAUUUGUGAAGGGAAUCUGUGUCCUAUAAAGACUUCAAUUUAUACAUAGUGCUAAAGGCACAUUCAAUUAAAUGUUUUUGGGCAUUGGCGCAUUGCUCUGCUAAACAUUGUGUGAAAUCUUUGGCAUUUGAUACUAUGAUCUUGCACUUUUUGUUUCUUAUAUUCCUGUCGUAUUUUAAAUUGCACUUUGUUUUUAGUUGUCUAAGUUGUAUAUUUUGUAAUAAUAAUGUAGAUUUUAUUAUUUAAUCCCACUAUGUUUUAUUGUUACAAAUAGGUUUUCAAUUAAAGUCAGACUAAUAUUUUGACAUAUUUGAAGCAUUAAUGGUGAUAAAACAACUCUCACUAAAGUCAAAUGUAGCGAAAUAUUGUGUUAUUUCGGUUUCCUUUCUUAAAUCAUACUUUGAUAAAGGGACUACUAUGGUAAAGGCCCAUGGGAAAUGUCUGCUGCUGUUGUGUAGAAUAAAAUCUUGCAGU